UAUCGCGACAAAAAUUGUGAAAUCAACGCUAUCAGAGCUGAUUUUUUCCUAAUCAAGUUAUGCUUUAAUCUUGUUGGACAACUACUUUGAAAAUAUUGUAACAAUGAGGUACACUUUGAGUAGUAGAAACUUAUAGUAGGUGUAAUUGGAAACAGGUCUAUUUCAAUAUGCAAUUCAAAAAAAGGAAGAAAACCCAAACAUGUCAAUUUCUCCCGAUCAUAGUAUGUUACAUAAUUUGCAGAAUGAAGGUAACAACCAAAACAAGUUCCAGCAUAGCCUUGGAUGGGACGGACUACACGUAGGAGCAAAGGGUAAGAUUUACUUUGCAACGGCCAAUGGCCUCAUCUACGAAAAUGGGAAUCGAGAAAAUGAUGAGAUAUACUGGAUUGAUUCGAGUGUUCCAACUGGAUGCGCGACAGCGAAUAUCAGCGAGAAUUGUCUGCAACACACGCAGGAAUAUCUCGAAGCUCUUCGCAGUCGUCAAUCGUGGGCAGUAAAAAUGUACGAAUCAUCCGGAAGACUGGUAGAACACCUGCUCUAUAUUGACGGGAGCGAAAACGUGCACUUCGAGUCCGGAUUGUUUGACGAUUGUGUCUCUGUCCGUUCGGAUGCAAUCGCGUUUCAAGGGCAGUACUGCACCGUGUUUUUCGGCCUGAAACCGGUGACCAACGAGCAAAGUGUCGACGACCACGAAACAACCUCGAGUGAUGACUAUUGGACAUCGAAAGAAAACAUUUAUGAUAAUCAAAAGCCAGCAGUGAGUUUUUGCCUCCCGUCGAGUUGCACAGCCAAGGAUUUGCGCUCAGCAAUCAGCCAACGAGUUGGAUAUCGCGUCAUCAAAGGUGAAAAUUUCUCGAUCACCGUGUUGGCGAGCGAAAAUAAUUGUUACACGCAAGAGAAAAUCAACAUCAAUAGUACGACAUUCGAUACAUUCACGCGCGUCGUUUUGUCGGCAUUCUGUCUUUUAGCCUUCAUUGUCCUAUCAGCAACAGUUCACGAUGUGUGGACAACAAAUGAAUUGACAAAUGAUUCUCCCCCGAAAUUAUUUGCACUUCAGUUGCUACAUUGUUUCUCUUCCCAAAGGAACUGCAAAACACUGUUGUCCACCAGCGAGGAUGCAAAAAGCAGUUUAUCUUGUUUGCACGGAAUUCGAGUCUUGGGUUCAUUCUGGCUUGUGUUACUCCAUUUCGCCGGAAUGGGCACAGUCGUUCGGCAGAUCUACAACAAGCCAAUGGCUUUGAAGUCGGCAUUUCGAUGGGAAACUCAGUUCUUAGCCCAUGGCACCUUCGCAGUAGACACUUUCUUCUUAUUAAGUGGACUUUUAGUUGCAUUUGGGCAAAUGCGCCAUUUGGACCAGUCCAAUGGAUUCUUCAACAUCAAGCGAUUCUACAUCCGUAGAUAUUUAAGGCUAACUCCAGCAUAUGUAUUCGUUUUAAUGUUCAUCAUUACCUUCUUCCCGCUUGUUGGAACGGGACCUGACUGGAACUUCGUGCAACGCAUUAGUCAAAGUGUUCGUAGCAAUUGGUAUUCUCACCUCCUGUACAUCAACAACUACGUCUUUCCUAGUCGAUUUACCAGCCCUGAUUAUGGGUUUGGAGAGACGUGGUACCUUGCCUGCGACAUGCAAAUGUUCUGGUUAAGCCCAUUGUUCAUUUAUCCAAUUUGGCGUUGGAAAAAGGCCGGAAUAAUUUGGACGACAAUCAGCUUGUUUUCCCUUUUGGGAAUCUCGCUUAAUGUAUUCAUCUUGUAUGAUCUACCCGCCACAAUUCAAUUGACUAGAAAAUCGGAAAUUCUCAAGUUGGACGAGUUCGCGAAUAAGCAUUACUUGGAAACAUUUGCUAGGAUGCCUCCGUACAUAAUAGGAAUUCUCCUCGGGUGGCUGCUUCAUAAAACUAGGAAUAAGAAGAUUCACAUCAAUAAAUGUCUGCUAGUUGGAGGCUGGAUAUUGGCCACAUUGUUCGGAUUAGUCGCCAUCUAUGGAAUGUUUCCGUACGUGGAUGAAAAAGAAGUUCCAGUCAUAAAUCCAUUUGUUCGAGUCUCUUAUGGAGUUCUUCACCAUUCGGUUUGGGCGAUUGCGGUUGGUUGGGUUAUCUUCUCCUGUACCCACGGAUACGGAGGUUUCAUCAAUCGUUUUCUAUCGUGGAAACUGUUUCUUCCGUUUAGUCGAUUAAGUUAUGGGGUCUAUCUGACUAAUCUUAACUUAAUUCUUUUAUACGGAGCUAACACGCGGAAACCGUUGUACGUAAGUGACAUGUAUAUCAUUACGACAUAUUUCGGUAUUCUGGUGUCCGCAUUUGCUAUGGCAUUCUUUAUCUUCAUCUUUGUUGAAAUGCCAUUCCAAAAUUUGGACCGACUUCUGUUCUCGGAAAACACAAAAGAUCUUAAAACUAAAAAAACAUAAAGAUGUAACCGAUCUGCUGACCAAAGAAGCGGAAUAAAUGGGGAAUCGAUGGAGUUUGAUAUUAUUAUUCGUUGGAGAGAACAGAAAAAUGUCUUCCGAAGUGAAACCCAUCUAUGCAAGAAUAUUAAUCUUCGUAAAACGUAGAGUUUAAGUUUAACCAUAGUCUUCUGUUUUUGUAAAAAGAGAAGGCACAAACUAUUGUUAUUAGAACAAAGGUGGCAUACGAAGGAUACAAAUGCUACAAUAGACCGAAUCCGAAAAUG